UUCAAGAAAACAUGACGGCGACGGAUAAAAUAUUUGAUAAAGCAAAUGUUUGUCAUUGUAGUCUCUUACAUUUUCCACAGCAUCCACUCUUUAACAAAACGGAAUUAUAUUAAUACUCAAUUAAAUACAAAAAAUAGAGUUUAAAAGUAACAAAACAACAUAUAUGGAUAAUAUAUAAUCGUGUCUCGUGUUAAAUGUAUUAGAAUGUGCAUUUUCGUGGAAUUUAAAAGACAAUUUUAGAGCAGAUUAAGCCGAUUAUCACCGAAGUAACAACAUUAUAUUAUGGAAGGAAAACGCAUUAUUGUGAUUGGUGGAGGAACUUAUAGAAUGAGAAACAUGUGGCCGGAUGCUGAGGGAUAUGGAAUAAAGGUCAUACUUGUGGAAUAUGACCCAAAUCAUAUUGCACGAGAUUUUGUUCAUUGUUUUUUUGAGUAUGAUUUCUCUGACCAUACGAUGGACCACGUGCAUGCCAGUGAAAUCAUAAGUUUAUUACGCAGACGGGAAAUAAAGGCUGAUGGUUGUGUGUCAUUCUGUAACGAUUCUUCACCAUUGGCAGCGUUAAUUUGUGAACAAUUAGAAUUGACAGGUCUGAGCUACAAAUCAGCCAUAAUAGCUAACUCGAAAUAUCAAACGCAGAAUGUGUUGAAAAUGAGUAAUAUAGAAAUUGACGAUGUGUCAAAUACUGAUGUAUUUUGUUCACAUGCAGUUCAUCUAAGUAGAGAUCUGGACUGUGAUGCGUUACCGGAAAGUUUUAAAUUUCCGGCGAUACUCAAACUAGAUAACUGUUCGGGAGGUAUAGGAGCGUGCAUGGUUACAAGCAAAGUGGAAUUGAAAAACAAAUUCCAACAAAUAACAAGCUCCUUGUGCACAGAUUCAGACUUUCCCAGGAUCGGACUUAGUCGAGGCAAUUCAAUGACAACAUUUGAGUUUUACAAUGGUACUGAGCAUAAUGUCGAUGUCAUUUUACAUGGCAAAACUCUUGUAUGGGCUUUUAUAACUGACAGUGGAAUAGUACGUCAACCAUAUUAUAUAGGUACUGCCAAACGGAUGCCUUCAUUUCUACCGGAGUUUAACCGCAAUCAGCUGAUAGAUGCAGCCUUUAAAUGCUGCUUAGGGAUAGGUCUAACGGAUGGAACAUUCAAUGUUGAGUUUAUAAUGACAGCCAACGGACCGAAACUUGUUGAAAUCAAUCCAAGAAUGUGCGGAUAUAUCUUCCGGGAUUGGAUAAUGAAGUUGUACGGAAUUGAUAUCAUGUUAUAUACAAUGAUGAUCUCUUGUGGAAUAAAACCUGAAAUACCAAACAUUUCAACAGACACAAUACAGAUGGGCGUAAUGGUGAUACCAUCUUUACAUGGAAAACUUCUGACAGAUGAUCAAUACAAAAAUAAGCUGAGUGAAAUGAUUGAUAGUGGCCAGGUCUUUUUUCUUCAGUUCUUAGAUAGUUUUAAGCAUUUGUCCACCUAUGACAAACCGUUUGGAAAUGUUUCUGUUUCCGGGUCAAACUCGGUUGAGGUAAAGAAGAGUUUGAUGAAUGUGUGUAAAGCUCUCGACAUAGACAAAAACGAUUAUCAAGUUGACAUUUUUAUAAGGAAUUUUUAAACUAUAAGGAAUUUUUAAACUACACACGGUAUAAUUAUAUAUUCUUGUAUUUUUCAAUAAAUUGAUAGAACGAUAGUAAAUGUAAUCACAUAUUUAUUUUGAUACUGUUUAAAUAUAAUAACGUUAAUUUAAAUCUAGAUGCAAUUUUCAGUUUAUUUUUUAGUAUAUUUUUUAUUAUCGUUUUCAUGUAUUUCCAGCUGAUCUUUGUAUUUUGUUCUUUAUAUAUUUAUUAACAUAUUUGUCUAAAUACA